AUGGCUUCCAACAUGGCAAACCCCGCUAACAAUUUGCAGUACUUCUUCGGCAAUAUUACGCGUGAAGAAGCCGAAGAGUAUCUGAUGCAAGGAGGAAUGAGUGAUGGACUGUACUUGCUUCGCCAAAGUCGGAAUUACCUGGGAGGUUAUGCCUUAUCCUUGGCCCACGGAAGGAAGGUUCAUCACUAUACAAUUGAGAGGGAAUUGAGUGGCUCAUACGCUAUUGCAGGCGGCAAGUCACAUACCAGUCCUGCUGAACUCAUCAACUAUCACUCAGAGGAAGCAGAUGGCCUUGUCUGUCUUCUGAGAAAACCUUGCAACCGGCCACCAGGUGUUGAACCCAAAACAGGACCCUUUGAAGAUUUAAAAGAGAACCUCAUCAGAGAGUAUGUCAGACAAACUUGGAAUUUGCAGGGGAAUGCUCUUGAACAAGCUAUCAUUAGUCAAAAGCCUCAGCUGGAGAAACUGAUUGCCACUACAGCCCAUGAGAAGAUGCCAUGGUUCCACGGGAGGAUCUCCCGGGAAGAGUCGGAGCACCGUAUCCUCAUUGGGUUAAGAAACAAUGGAAAAUUUCUUAUCCGAGAAAGGGACAACAAUGGUUCCUAUGCCUUGUGUCUACUGAAUGAUGGAAAAGUACUGCAUUACCGUAUUGACCGAGACAAGACAGGAAAGCUCUCCAUACCGGAUGGAAAAAGAUUUGACACACUCUGGCAGUUAGUCGAGCAUUAUUCAUACAAGCCAGAUGGAUUAUUAAGGGUUCUUACCAUUCCCUGUCCACGACUUGGCUCAGAAAAUGAUAAUGUUGUUUUUAACACUCGUCCUUCUCUUCCUGGAACAUUUUCUAAGAGUUGGGCAGGAGGUGGAAUUAUCUCAAGACUCAAAUCGUAUACCUUUCCAAAGGCUGGCAGCAAAAAGUUUCAGCCAACUAUUAGCCACCCACCUGAUGAAGCACCUUUUAAUCCUUAUGUGCUGCAAAGGAAGAGAGGUCUUACUGAAGCAGAAAAAGGUGAUCAGAGAGAAGCUUUACCCAUGGAUACAGAGGUCUAUGAAAGUCCAUAUGCUGAUCCAGAUGAAAUGAGGCCAAAAAAUGUCACACUUGACAGGAAAUUGUUAACCUUGGAGGAAGGAGAACUUGGCUCUGGCAACUUUGGAACUGUAAAGAAAGGGUUCUAUAGGAUGAGAAAGGGUGCCAAGCCAGUGGCUGUAAAAAUUCUGAAGAAUGAAAGUAAUGAUCCAGCCAUAAAAGAUGAAUUAUUGAGAGAAGCAAAUGUAAUGCAGCAGCUGGAUAACCCCUACAUUGUCCGAAUGAUAGGCGUAUGUGAAGCUGAGGCCUGGAUGUUAGUAAUGGAAAUGGCUGAACUUGGGCCGUUGAACAAAUUUUUGCAGAAAAACAGAUACGUCACAGAGAAGAAUAUAACAGAGCUGGUACAUCAGGUUUCUAUGGGGAUGAAAUACCUGGAGGAGAAUAACUUUGUUCAUAGGGAUCUGGCUGCAAGGAAUGUACUACUAGUCACACAACAUUAUGCCAAAAUUAGUGACUUUGGACUUUCUAAAGCUCUUAGUGCUGACGAAAACUACUAUAAGGCACAAAGUCAUGGAAAAUGGCCAGUCAAGUGGUAUGCCCCAGAAUGCAUUAAUUUCUACAAAUUUUCUAGCAAAAGUGAUGUCUGGAGCUUUGGGGUGUUAAUGUGGGAAGCUUUCUCUUAUGGACAAAAGCCAUAUAAGGGAAUGAAAGGUGGUGAAGUUGCACAGAUGAUCGAAAGAGGAGAACGAAUGGAAUGUCCAGAAGUCUGUCCGACAGAAGUCUAUGAUCUAAUGAAAUUGUGUUGGACAUACAACGUUGAUGACCGACCAGGAUUCGUGGCAGUUGAGAUGAGAUUACGUAACUACUACUAUGACAUUUCCCACUAACAACACGAAGAACAGCAGCUUCCUUUCCUCCAGCCAGCACCCUCCAAGGAGCAAUUCAGUUUCUGAAACCAAGUGACUUUGAUUUUUGUGCUUUGACCCUGCAAAGCUCAGUGCUAAGCCCUGUGUUGGUUGGAUUGCCUUUUCUCGCCAUCUGCACAA